AAUUACAAAUAUUUUUCUUUUGUUUGCACUAACUAGGGAAAUCCCCGUUAAUAAAAUUCACGUUUCAGAAAUCUUUAAUUUUUGUUUUUAAUUUCCUGGUUCGUUUUGGAAUAAAAUUAACACGAUAUGAAAGUCAUCGCUUUAAUAAGUGGAGGCAAGGAUAGUUGUUACAACAUGAUGCAGUGUGUAGAUAUGGGACAUUCAAUUGUUGGAUUGGCAAACUUACAACCUGUCGGAAAAGAUGAGUUGGAUAGUUAUAUGUACCAGACUGUUGGUCACGAAGCAAUUGAAUAUUAUGCAGAAGCUAUGGAUCUGCCACUGUAUAUGAGGGAAAUCGCCGGAGCUUCAAAAUCCACGAACUUAAAUUACGACCAAGUUGAUGGGGACGAGGUGGAAGAUUUGUAUUUACUUCUAAAACAUAUUCAGAGUGAACUUGAGUAUGAAGCAGUUUCAUGCGGUGCAAUUUUAUCCGAUUAUCAAAGGUUAAGAGUUGAGAAUGUAUGUGGGAGACUUGGGUUAACGUGUCUUGCUUAUUUAUGGAGAAGAGAACAAAGUGAAUUACUUGAGGAGAUGAUCCAAAACAAAGUGACUUCAAUUUUAAUCAAGACAGCAGGGAUGGGACUUGAACCCAAGCACCUCGGUCUUUCACUUCAUGAAAUGAAGAGUCAGCUUUUUAAGCUGAACAGCAAAUAUGGAAGUCAUAUAUGUGGUGAAGGUGGUGAAUAUGAAUCUUUUACACUGGACUGCCCGCUGUUUAAAAAGAAAAUUGUUUUAGAUAAAAGUGAGGUUAUAACUGUAUCUGAUGACGCCAUGGCACCUGUCACGUAUCUUAAGCUUCACAAACUUCAUCUUGAAGAUAAACCAACUCAACAAGUUGAUAUUAUUACGACUCCUGUUUUGAAUAAAACUAUUAAUCAAUUAGUUGGAAAUAACCAUGUUAAAGUUAAACCACAGCUGAAACUUAAAUGGAAACAAAACAACAACCAUAACAACAACAAGAACAACACAACAAUAUCUAUGAAGAAACAUGAAGAUUACCUUGUGGUUGGUGGUAUAUAUGGAAUGUUAUGUGAUGAGAAAAGUGUCGAUAGUAUAAAAAGUGCAACCAUUAAAGCUAUGGAUGUGUUAGCUGGCACUCUGCAGCAGCAUGGACACUCAUUGAAGGAUGCAACUUAUAUUCAUCUAUACAUAGCUGAUAUGAGUGACUUCCAUGUUAUCAACUCUGUUUAUAAGAAAUACUUCAAGCGUGAACCACCAUCACGAGUUUGUGUGGCAGUUUGGUUAGGAAAGAAUGCUCUGCUUCAGAUGGAUUGUUUAUCGCAUCACAAUGAAAAACAAACACGAAACAAUCUUCACGUUCAAUCUGUUUCACAUUGGGCUCCUGCUAAUAUUGGUCCCUACAGUCAAUGUGUUACACGGGGCAAUGUUCAUUAUAUAGCUGGACAGAUUGGGUUGGUUCCUGGUUCAAUGAAGUUGGUGGAGGGAUGUUAUGAACAAGCAUACCUUGCUAUGAAGCAUGUGAAGAGUAUAUUAAAAGUGAUGAAACCACCAAGUACAUUGCGCAAUACAAUUCAGUGUGUGUGUUAUAUAACGGUUGAUACGUUUGUUAAUGUUGCUCGCAAGUGUUGGGAUGAACAAUGCGUGGAAUAUGAAGAAAUCGGUAAUCUCCCGAUAUACGUGGUUGUUCCUCACCUACCUAAGAAUAGCUCCAUUGAGUGGCAGGUUAUUUCAUCUAAUAAAGAUCAUAUAAAUGAUGAUGGAAUGGAAUUAACUACAAUAACAUCAACAUCAUAUGCAGAUACCAAGAAUAUUUGUAGUGAUGAUGGAAUAACUCAAAGUUUAAGAAAUAAUUUCCAAGUUUUAAAAUCGAAGAUAAAAGAUCAGAAAUUGUCGUUGAAUAAUCUUCUUCAAAUUCGCUUAUUUCAUGCAGUGGACGAUCUGCCUAUUAAUAUUGAUUUUUACAACCAACUAUGGGGGGAAGAGGAAGUCCCAAGUUUUGUUCUCGUUCCCGUGGAAACAAUAUUCACACACGUUCAUGAUGAUCGGCAAAUUAUUUUCCAAAUGUUAUGUUUAAUUAAUCAAAAUGUUAUUUAAAGGAUUUGUAAACUGUAUCGUAGUAUUUUAAUCAUUUGAAUCUCAAUUGUAAUGAUUUAGUGUUUCAUAAAGGAUAUUUGGUGCUGCUUUUUUCUUGUCAAGCUGCUUUUUAUAUGUAAAAACUUUUACCCUCAAAGUCAUGACCAAAAUUGAACUAAAUGGGUGGCAAAGUUAUUGUUUUAUUUAGUGCCCACACUGUACUGUGUUGUUUACAUUGAAUUUUAAAAGGAUGUAUUUGACAAUUAUGAUACUUGAAAUAGCAAAUAAAAAUGGUUGGCCUACAAAA